AUAAAGUUCGCUUUACUACACACAUCCUCUUUGAUGAUUGGAUCACUCGCUCACGCCCGCUUCGCUAGCCGAGUGAUGAUUGGCUGUAAAAAGUAGGUGCUCGUUUGUGAUUGGCUGAAGACAACGACAUGUUUUUUUCCCACAAAAUCCCGUGCCCUCAGUGUAGCAGAGAUGGCGACCUACACGUUAAUGCGAAGUAGCCUGGGACUGUUACACGGGCUGAAAUGUUCUUUUAAAAGUGUAGGUCAAAUUCAGUACGCUGGGGCACUUACCCAGUCGAAAGUCCUGCAAAAUGCAAGAUGCUACUCGGUCAGCCAUCUGUCAGUGCAGGAGAGAAUCGAGAAGAAACGAAAGGCAGCGCUUGCAGGAGGAGGACAGCUGAGGGUAUCUGCCCAGCACAAAAGGGGUAAACUGACAGCACGAGAGAGACUGGAGCUCCUGUUGGACCAGGACUCGUUUGUGGAGUAUGACAUGUUUGUGGAGCAUCGCUGUUCUGACUUUGGCAUGGAAGCAGAUCAUAAUAAGUACCCAGGAGACAGUGUAGUGACCGGACAGGGACGGAUCAAUGGCAGACUGGUGUAUGUUUUCAGCCAGGACUUCACAGUGUUUGGAGGCAGUUUAUCAGGAGCUCACGCUCAGAAGAUCUGCAAGGUCAUGGACCAGGCGAUGAUGGUGGGAGCUCCAGUAAUUGGUCUGAAUGACUCUGGUGGAGCACGCAUUCAGGAAGGGGUAGAGUCCCUCGCAGGAUAUGCUGACAUUUUCUUGCGGAAUGUGACGGCCUCCGGCGUAGUUCCUCAGAUCUCUCUCAUCAUGGGCCCGUGUGCUGGUGGUGCCGUGUACUCGCCUGCUCUGACAGACUUCACUUUUAUGGUGAAGGACACCUCCUAUCUGUUUAUCACAGGUCCAGAUGUGGUAAAGUCUGUAACAAAUGAGGAUGUUACCCAGGAAGAGCUGGGAGGAGCAAAAACCCACACCACUGUGUCAGGUGUUGCUCAUCGGGCCUUUGAGAAUGACAUAGAUGCCCUUCUGAACUUGCGAGACUUUUUUAACUUUCUCCCACUGAGCAACAAAGAUCCAGCUCCGGUCACUGAGUGCCAUGAUCCUCAUGACCGGCUGGUUCCUGGUUUGGACACUAUUGUUCCUUUUGAAAGCACAAAAGCCUAUGACAUGCUGGACAUUGUUCAUAGUAUAGCAGAUGAGAGAGAAUUCUUUGAGAUUAUGCCCAACUACGCCAAAAAUAUUGUGGUGGGCUUUGCCAGGAUGAAUGGGCGGACAGUAGGCAUAGUGGGAAACCAGCCUAAAGUGGCAUCUGGCUGUUUGGACAUAAAUUCAUCUGUUAAAGGGGCUCGCUUUGUUCGUUUCUGUGAUGCCUUCAACAUUCCCAUCAUCACAUUUGUGGAUGUGCCUGGAUUCCUGCCAGGCACAGCUCAGGAGUACGGAGGCAUCAUCAGACACGGAGCCAAACUGCUCUAUGCUUUCGCAGAGGCCACUGUUCCCAAAAUCACUGUGAUCACCAGAAAGGCUUACGGAGGUGCUUAUGAUGUGAUGAGUUCUAAACAUCUGAGAGGAGACGUCAACUAUGCCUGGCCAAGUGCUGAGGUCGCAGUCAUGGGUGCGAAGGGAGCUGUUCAAAUCAUCUUCAGAGGAAAGGAGAAUCAAGCCGAGGCUGAAGCUGAAUAUGUGGAGAAGUUUGCCAAUCCCUUCCCCGCAGCGGUCAGAGGCUUCGUGGAUGACAUCAUUCAGCCCUCGACCACACGCAAGAGGAUCUGUAGAGACCUUGAGGUGCUCGCAAGCAAGAAACAGGCCAACCCCUGGAAAAAACAUGCUAACAUUCCCUUAUAAAUCUCAUCUCAACACUCAUUUUAUGACAAUAUCUCUGGUUCGAUUUGAGAGAAUGCCAUGUUUUUCCACUUGGUUCGUUGUUACUUAUUCCCACUCAUUCGCAUUACGCCACAAAUCAAUAAAACACUCCCACGGUUCAUGAUUACA